UUUUGUAAAACAUGUGUUUCAUUCAGAGAGACUUCACAGUUGAAGAAACACAUUUCACGAGUUCCCUGCUCUUCCAGAAUUCUCUAUCACGAAAUUCUCUGCGCUUUCGAAGGUAAAUAAUCGGUGAUUUCUUUAGGAUCUUUUUUUAUAUACCUUCAUAUUUUCGAAUUCAAAUUCUGGUUCUUAGGCAUAAUUUAGUCCCCGAGGUUUACACUGUGAUCUGAGCAAAGCCUUUGUUUCAUCUCACAGAUGUUUGACGAUCAAGAUCUGGGAUUCUUUGCCAAUUUCCUGGGAAUCUUCAUUUUCAUACUGGUGAUUGCCUACCAUUUCGUCAUGGCUGACCCUAAAUUCGAAUAGAAAUGAGGUUCAGAAUCAUUGUUGGUUUCUACAAUGUUAUGUCAGACUCAACAUGUCAUUCAGAUUCGAUACUUGAAGAUGUUUUUUUGUAGCUCUUAAGGAAGAUGUUUAAGCUUUUGUAAUACUUGGUUUUAGCUGCAGAAAUCUUUUUUUUUUGUAGUGCUGUUAUUCAUAUACUUUGAUAAUUCGCUAUAAAAGGCUUGUUUCUAUAGCAAU